AGAUGCCCUGGUGCCCCUCUGGGCGACGCGCCUCGGGCGCCCCCUCCGGCGCGCGCGCGGGCGGGCGCGGGGAUGAAGUGCAUCGGCUGCGGGGUCGCCAGGACCGGCCUCGGCAUCCUGGCGCAGCAGCAGGGCGGCCCCGACCUUGGCGGCGGAGAGGAGGCCGAGGCGGAGCUGCCGCCUGACGCCGCGGAGCAGGCGGGGCAGCUGGAGGCGCAGGCGCUCGCGGUCGUCGGGACGGGCGACUUCAAGAAGGCAGAGGCGCUCUUCCUGCGCGCGGCCCGGCUGCAGCCGCGCAGUGCGCGGCUCCACGAGGCCCGGGCGCAGUGCCUGCUGGAGCUGGAGGACCGACUUCGGCGAAGCUUGCGCGGCUGCCAGACGGUCGACGUGGCUGAGCCCCGAAUGGCCGGUUGGGCACCUGACCUUCGGGCGCGCGCUGCUGAACUUUGGGCGCCUGCAGGACGCGGCCGAGAGCCUCGAUUUUGCCUCCUCGCUGGCGGGCCAGGGCGCCGACGAAGAGCUGCGCGCGGAGACGGCCGAGGAGCUCGCCAGGGCGCGCGCGCUGCUGGAGAGGCAUUGGGCCGAGCUCCACGAUGUGCCCGUGCGAACGCCCGGUGGCGAGUUGCCCAUGCUGCGGAUCCGACAGUACCUGGACUGCGGUUACUGCAACCUCUCUGGGGAGCAGGGCCCAGGACCACGAGCGCCCUAUGGGCCGCCGCCGUGGUGCUGGCGGCCCACAUCGGGAGCGGCUGCCCGCCGGGGCGGGCCUCGUGGCGCGGCGCCCGCGUGCUGGAGCUGGGCGCUGGCACGGGGCUAGCGGGCCUUGCCGCGGCCGCGGCGGGCGCCUCCGCGCUGCUCACGGACCCCCAAACAGGGCUGCCAGUGAUGAACACCAACGUGGCCCUGAACCGUGCCGCCGUGAGCGGCGCGGGCGGCUCAGUGCAGGCGGUGGCCUACGACUGGCUGGACGACCCGCCAGCGGAGGUCGCGCAGGGUCACUGGGACGUGGUCCUGGCCGCAGACCUCGUUUACUCCUUCGCCUCCGUCGCCCCCUUCGUGGACGCCCUGGCGCGCCUGGUGCGCGGCGGCGGCCCCGGCGCCGCGGGCGGCGCGCCGGCGCUGUACGCCCACAACCCGCGCGCGGAGGAGCUGGACGCGGAGCUGAGGGAUGCCCUGAGGGCCCGUGGCCUGGGGGUGCGCGAGCUGCCGCUGCCCGAGCGGCUGGUGCCCGUCGGCCGCAUGGACCUCACCGCGCUGCGCCGCGUCGUGCUGUGGGCGGUCGAGGCGCAGCCUGGGGCCGCCGCCGACGCAGGCGCGUCGAAGCGGCAGUGCCGGUGAGCGGUGCCGUCUUGCUGCUCCUCCGCUGGUCCGUCCCCCCCUCUCUCUCUUUCCCAUCGUUGCCCCUCGCUUCCCUGCACUGAGCGCCGGCCCACCAAGGGAGGGGGCGACGUCGGGGAUGUGCGGCCUCGCUUCGCCGGGCGCAGGCCUACUGCAGGGCGUGCGCGCGCGAGGGAUAAAGGAGCCAGAGGGUGCGGACGCGUCUCAGGGAAACGUAAGACUCGAGUACGCCGGA